CAAUUGCCCACUCUUGGCAAUCACUCCUACGCCAUGAAGCUCGCGAAGUUCUCGCUUCCGACGCUGCUUGCUCUCGGGUCUAUCCCUGCAGGCAGCGUUGCUGUACCUACUUCGGGAGAUGUGGCAUUGGAAGACCUCUCAAGACGUGCCCUCCCCAACGCCCCUGAUGAUUACACUCCAAGCAACGUGACCUGCCCCUCCAGCAGGCCGACCAUUCGAAGCGCAGCCGCGCUGUCGAAGAAUGAAACCGCAUGGCUGGAUGUGCGCCGUCAGCAGACCGUCUCUGCCAUGAAGGAUUUCUUCGGGCAUAUCAACAUGAGCAACUUCGACGCGGUAUCGUACAUCACCAACCAUGCUUCCAACGUGUCCAACCUGCCCAACAUCGGUAUCGCUGUGUCCGGUGGCGGCUACCGGGCUCUGACGAACGGCGCCGGUGCCAUCAAAGCCUUCGACAGUCGCACGGAGGGAUCGACUCGGAGCGGCCAACUGGGGGGUCUUCUGCAGUCCGCAACGUAUCUCUCGGGCUUGUCUGGAGGUGGCUGGCUUCUGGGCUCGAUCUACAUCAACAAUUUCACCACUAUUUCCAAUCUGCAGACCUACAAGGAAGGGGAAGUGUGGCAGUUUCAGAACUCCAUCAUCAAAGGCCCCAAGACGAAGGGCCUGCAGAUCUGGGACACGGCGAAAUACUACGAGGAACUGGUCAAGGUCGUGGCCGGGAAACGGCAUGCCGGAUACAACAUCUCCUUCACCGACUACUGGGGCCGCGCGCUCUCGUACCAACUCAUCAACGCCACCGACGGAGGACCCAGCUACACCUGGUCCUCCAUCGCGCGGACCCAAGAUUUCCAGGACGGCAAGAUGCCCAUGCCGCUGCUUGUCGCGGACGGCCGCAACCCCGGAGAGGUUCUGAUCGGCAGUAACUCCACCGUGUACGAGUUCAACCCGUGGGAGUUCGGGAGCUUCGAUCCGUCGAUCUUCGGCUUCGCGCCGCUCGAAUACCUCGGAACCUACUUCGAAGACGGGCAGGUCCCCGCCAACACCACCUGCGUGCGCGGCUACGACAACGCCGGAUUCGUGAUGGGGACGUCGUCGAGUCUCUUCAACCAAUUCAUCCUGAAGCUCAACACGACGGACCUGCCCAGCACGCUCAAGAACAUCGCGGCCGAGAUCCUGGAAGAUCUGGGGGAGCGCAACGACGACAUCGCCAUCUACUCGCCCAACCCGUUCUACCAGUACCGCAACGCGUCGGUCGCGUACGAGCAGACGCCGGACCUCAACGUCGUCGACGGCGGCGAGGACAAGCAGAACCUGCCCCUGCACCCGCUGAUCCAGCCCAACCGGCACGUGGACGUGAUCUUCGCGGUGGACUCGUCGGCCAGCACGGCCAACAGCUGGCCCAACGGCAGUCCCCUGGUGGCGACGUACGAGCGCAGCCUGAACGCCAGCGGCAUCGGCAACGGCACCGUCUUCCCCAGCAUCCCCGACAAGAACACCUUCAUCAACCGGGGGCUCAACACGCGGCCCACCUUCUUCGGCUGCAACAGCUCCAAUAUCACCGGGCCUGCGCCGCUGGUCGUCUACCUCCCCAACUACCCGUACACCACCUACUCCAACAAGUCGACCUUCCAGCUCAAGUACGAGAUCGCCGAGCGCGACGCGAUGAUUACGAACGGCUACAACGUCGUGACCGUGGGCAACGGGUCCCGCGCGGCGUACGCCGACUGGCCGACGUGUGCCGGCUGCGCCGUGCUGGCGCGGUCGUUCGAUCGCACUGGCACGGAGGUGCCGGCCGUCUGCACCAGCUGUUUCGAGAAGUAUUGCUGGGACGGCACGCGGAACAGCACGGAGCCAGCCGCGUACGAGCCGAGUGUGUUGCUGGCGAAUGCGAAGAAGUCCGGCGCGGGAGGAAGGGAGGCGUUUGCAGCGAGGUGGUUGUAUAUAGUCGUCCCGGUAGUUGCGGCGUGGACUGGAUUGGUCUAA